ACAGUCUCGGCUCGUACAUUGCGGAGUGCGCAACAGUUAGUGUUGUUUGGAUUGAAUUUCAUCAUUGCAGCUCCGCAAUGGAUGCACCAAUCAACUAUUGGUAUCUGGAGCACAUUAGCUCUGGCAAAAAGAUAAUAUUGCAGUCUGGUGAAAAUACAGUGGGUCGGCACUCGUGCUGCAAGGUUGUGCUGCCGGGAAAUGAGUUUUUGUCGAGGAUGCAUGCCAAAUUAAUUGUAAACAUUGAGACUGGAGUUGUUUUGGAACAAAUGAAAUCUCUGAAUGGCGUGUUUAUAAACAAGGCAUUACUUAAAGCCAACACUCAGCUACUCAAUGAUGGAGACCGAUUAGGUUUGGGAGUUGAAGUAGAUGAACCAGGGAUUGUGCCACCAAACUAUGCCAUAUUUAUAGUGAAACAAAUGUGUCCUACAGCAGAGGAUGUUAUACAAAUUUCCGAUGACGAAGAUGAUGAUAAUAAUGGCAAAAACAUUAGCAAAACGAAGCCGGCAAAUGUCGAGCUUAGCAAUGAAAAUGCCAAUAAAGAUAAUGAAAAUGCGCAUCGAGCAUUGCAUUUGCCGAUAUUGCCGGAAGUUAAAGCCGAAGCUUUGUUGGCAGCCACCCACGAUAUUGAGAAUAUAUUCGGCGAACCUGAUAAAGAGCUGCUGGAAUCCGUUUUACAGAUUAAUCCGUAUGUUUUCCAGAAGCUGAAUAACAAGCAUGUUGCAGCGGGUCCAAAUAAUAUAUGCAAUGGUGAUGUAAUUGAAUUGAACGAGGACAAAACUGAAGAUGUUGACAAAGACAAAAAUAUAGAGAUUGCUGUUGAAGCCGGCGGAAACGCGGAGGUUGUUGUGGAAGACAAAAAUGAAGAGGCUGUUGUUGAAGAGAUUGUUCUCGGUGAUGAGAGCGAUGGCGAUUAUGAUGAAAAUUUUGCUAUGUCGCAGGCUGUGCUGCAAGAGAUUAAAGAGGAUAUGGACUUCGAGGGCAUCAAUCUCAGCGGAGAUGAUGUUGACAAUCGGGACAAUGACAACUUGCUGGAACCGAUCAAAAUGGAAAGUGAUAUAUCCAAACAAUUCGACGAGAAUGAGAUUGUUAUUAUCGAUGAUGAUGACGAAGUCGAGCUGUUCACCAAGGUGGCAGAUUGGUCGUCGAAACUGCUUUCGCAAAACGUCAUGUCGCAAAUCUAUCCUAUGGAUAAUGAAGAAAAUCUAGGCUUUGAUAACAUUCAGGAGGAGCCAAGCGAUCAGGCAGCUAAUGAGAAAUCGAGUAAAUCUAGUAAAAGCUCAUCGCAUAGCAAGGACUCAAAAAAGAGGCAUAGAAGAAAAAGCUCAGACAAAACUGCCACGACGUCCAAGUCCGACAAGACUAAGGACAAGAAAAGCUCAACUAAGGAAAAAUCUACUACAAAUCGUAAGCGUUACUACUCGAGUUCAACCACUGAGAAAUCUAGCGACUCGGAUCGCAAAUCCCAGGAAAACACAACCAAAGAAUCAAGUAAAUUCGCGGAGUCGACAAAUGAGUCCACAAAAGUGAUGCCUGACGCAGCACCCAAAACUAAGUCGCCUCGGUUGAUGAAUAGAUCCGUUUCAUGUUAUGUUGAACACACUGCAUUAAUACCUGAAAAGGAUGUUGAAAAUCCGUCAUUGUUGGAGAAAAUCAAUCAAGAACCAACAUUGAUUUGCUCUAGCUCAACAACUGAGAAAUCAAGCGACCCCAUUUGCAAACCUCAGGAAACCUUAAACAAAGAAUCACCAAGUAAAUUCGUCGAGCCAACAAAUGAAGGAACAAAAGAAUUACCUUCCACAACACCGAAAAAUAAGUCACCUCGCUUGAUGAACAGAUCCAUCUCAUGUUAUGUUGAUCGAAACGACUUAAUUGAGAAACCGCCAUUGAUUGAAAAAACCAAUCGAGGACCUACAUUGAUUACAGCACCGCAAUUACCCAAGCAUCGUGGCAAGUUGAGAGGCGUUUCAGCCGAAAGCAAGAAAGUCGAAGACAAACAAAACAUUUUGGAAAGACAGCGCUCCAAAGAUUACCAAGACGAAAUGAAAAAGAAAUGGUAUCAAAAGCCCAAAGAUCAGAAGAUCGAGUAUGAAAAGAAUAAGGAAAAGCGUCGCGAGCAUCUCAAGAAAUUGUCCGAAAAAUCGAAACCUUCCCCAGAGAAGUCUUCAUCAUCAUCGUCCGAAUUGAAACGCAAACACAGCGUACCUAAGCCAAGUAAUAGCAACCGUGGUGAUUUUCUCACAAAGGAGGUGGAGCCCGUAACAUCAGCAAAGCGAAACAAAUUGGACCCAACCGCUGCAAGAGCUCAGUUAACUCGGCGGCGUGUUACACUCGAUUGUCCUUCACACCUGGAAGAUCCGCCCGUUCAAUCCAAACAGCCGGCGGAGCGUAAGGACGCUGAAUCGGCACGAAAUCGUCGAACCUGUAAUCGAGUUACAUUUGCCGAAAUGGAACGAGACUUCGCUUUGCAGGAAGAGCGGAAUAUGAAAGUCAAACGCAAUCGUCGUGUUCGAUUCAACGACAAUGUUCAGAUCCGCAUUAUCGAGCGUGUGGAAGGUGCGAUCAGAAAGACGAAAAAUAUCAAGGAUACCAACAAGUUCUCGCUGAGCACAUAUGCUGAGCGUCGCGAGUGGGCUUUGGCCCUGGGAAAGGCACAGAACUGUAAUGAGUUCAUCACUAGCAACAUUCUAAGCUGGGGCAAUCAAUGGCUCUCCCUGCGCGAUCCAAACGAGGUAGCGGAAUCGGAUAUCCUUUUGCCCAUUCCAACCGAAUUCAAUACCUUUAAACAGUACAAAGAAACCUUCGUGCCAUUAAUGAAAGUCGAGCUCCUGACUACCAUAGAACGUGAAUACAAGAACUCCACACAUACCUAUGAAGUUAGUCUAGAGAGCUUUACCUGUGAGAGUACAAAAAGUCGUCCACGUUAUAUUCUGAUCACCCGAUGCAAAAACAAGCCCGCUAAGCAAUUUGAUCUCUAUACUUUGAGCAGUGAUGGAAACAUUUUUGAAACAUUCGCAACAAUGCCUCGCAUGAGGCACAUAGCCGGCACUAUCUUUGAGUUGACCUUUGAAAUACUGACACAGAACAUCAAUAAGGAGAUGCUGGAGAUGGCUAAGACGCUGACGAUUCGCCCGGUCGUUGAUAAUUUGCGAGUGGAGCUGGGAGCGUUUAGUGCCGUUUAUCAACUGUGCCGCUCUCCAUUGUAUCGCCGUAUAUUGCAACCCAGCGAGAAUGUGCUGUCCUUUGACAAGCACAUAUUGAAGGAUACAGAAUAUAAAGGCUUCACGAAACUGAAUGAUCAUCAGAUCGAUAUUUGUCAGAGUACGUGGAUACGUUUAAUUGACGAUUCAACGCCCAGCAUCACAUUGAUACAGGGUCCGCCGGGAACUGGCAAAUCGGUGGUCAUCUCGAAUCUGACGUUACAAUGCAUGUAUGGCCGAAGCAAUCGGCACCUCGAUCGCAAAAUUUUAAUAUGCGCUCACAGCAAUACGGCUGUCGAUAAUAUAACAAUGUAUUUGAAUCGUGCACGCAAUUGCAUGACUCACUCGCAAUUCCGAUUGCUGCGUUUUGGUCGAUUUGAUAAGAUCGAUUCCAAGGUCGGCGAAGUCUCGUUGGAUCAUCUGUUGAACAUUGAACGUGAAGAGAAAGGCAAGCGUCUGACGGCUGAAAACAGAGCGAACUUAAUGCAACAACAGGAGAUGCUUAAAGCAGAAAUUGCCGAACUUAGGCAGAAGAACUCUGCGAGCACUAGCUAUUUGCAACCGUUGUUGCAGUCGAAGGAGCGACAAUUAAAGACACUGAAUGAACGACUAAAUCCACCAUUGACGCCCCGCGAAGAGUACGAACUCUCGAAGAAAUAUAUCCAGCGUGCCAACAUUGUGUGCACAACGCUCUCAAGUUGUGUGAAACUUGCUUACUACAUCGAUUACUUUGAUGUUUGCAUCAUUGAUGAGGCGACUCAAUGCACUGAGCCCUGGACACUUCUACCGCUGCAGUUUGGAGUACGAGGUCUUGUUUUGGUGGGCGACACUCAGCAGUUGCCUGCAACAGUGCUGUCUCAGAAGGCCAUUGAUCUUGGAUUGGGUAACUCGAUGUUCGAUCGCAUUCAACGCAAUUUGACGCAUCAUCUGAGCAAGUCGGGUAAAAAUCAUUUAGCCCAUACCAAAGUGUUUAAACUGAGCAUGCAGUAUCGAAUGCAUCCGGAGAUAUGCAGAUGGCCGAAUAGUUACUUUUAUCAUGAUCAACUGGUCAAUGCGGAUGCAACAAAACAGUUAUUGUCGCCUAUUAUUCCGUAUUGUGUGAUCAACUUGAGUUACACAAAAGACACAAACGACAGCAGAAGCCGGAGUAUUAGCAACAUCGAGGAGGCUCACUUUGUGGCCAAGUUGCUGAUAGAGUUGAAGAAACAUAUGCCGACAACGCGUUACAAAUACGGCUUAAUAACGCCGUACAGCAAUCAGUGCUCAGUGCUUAGCGGUGUGAUACCCAGAGAAAUGAUGAUCGUACCGAAUACGGUGGAUGCAUAUCAAGGACAGGAGCGAGAUGUCAUCAUUAUAUCGAAUGCACGCACUCGCGGAGUUGGCUUCCUCACCAAUUAUCAACGAUUGAACGUAGCCAUCACGAGACCUCGUCGUUGCCUCAUCAUCUGUGGUAAUUUCGAUGAUUUGAAGGCGGUUGAUAUGUGGCGACAUUUACUGGAUGAUGCGCGCCAUCGGCAGAUCUAUUUUAAUCUGAAGAAAACCGAUGUGGAAGAUCUAAAUCGUUCACUAAUAAGCAAGAUCCUAGUGAAGCCUAUUGAAAUAAGCGAUGAGCCUUUCUCCAAAUGAUAUUGUAGAUAUAUAUUAUAUCUAUCGAAAUAAUAGCUUUAAAUAACAAUGGAAUUCUUUCUUUUU